AUGGAACACGAAAUGAAGGAUCAAGACAUCUUGGAAGAUGAAGACAUCUUGCAUAAGUUUAAUCAUCGAAUCAUUAUAUCUGAUUAUGAUUAUGAUCGAAUGAUGAAGAGCAGAUGGAGCAAUUUGAACUCAUCUGAUCUUUUGUUUUUGAAAUCCGAGAUGAUAACUUCUUUGUCAAACAAGGUACCUGGUCGUCAUGGUGAUCAAGAAACUGUUGCUCCCAUGUCGAACAACACUUUGGAUAGUUACCCUACUGUUAAAACAGAUGGAAACGAUCAAACUGAUGAUCAUGAUCAUCAAGUGAUCAAAAUCAAAGAAGAACUUAAACGAAAAAGAGAAUUCGAGAAGAAAAUCAAGAAAUUUUCCAAUGGAGAGUCAGAUAUGAAAUCUGCGAAACUCGUUUCUCAACGGUCUAUGUCGGAAAUCAUCGUUCAUCCAAGAUUUCUUGGUGUUGAAUCAAGCAACGAGGUAGGUAAUUUCGGAGAAAUUAGUGCUAAAGAAGAGAGAUUAAAGAGAUUAUGGCUACCAAUUGCUAGAAGAACAGUUCACUGGUUUGCUAAUCGAGAUCAACAGCUACAGGUUAACACGAAAUCACAAGUUUAA